AUGUACUUCCCGUUCCUAACGUGCAAAGUAAAGUACGGCGCUAUAGCCCUCGAUGUCGCCGAUCGACAGAAUGCUCACAGCAUGACACUCGCAGUAAGGGGUAUUAUCGAACUAUUCAGGAUAGUAAAGCGCAAAAAGGAACUCCAUCGAGAGAUCCUCGCUUUUUUAGUCUCGCACGAUCACCGGACAGUACGAAUAUAUGGUCAUUACCCUGUGCUCGACGGAGAAAAGACAACCUUCUAUUACUAUGCGAUCCAUACGUUCGACUUCACGGCUCUAGAUAGUAAGGAAAAGUGGACAAUACUGACUCACCUGAAAAGAAUCUAUUCAGUUAUUAAUAACUUACUACUGGAUUUUAAGGUCUCAAAGCAAUCUAAGGCAGGGGAAUCUGGACUUUCACAAGGUUUAGAGAGUCACUAUCUGUCUAACUAA